GGGUCGGGCCACUGUACAGGGUAGACGAGUGCAGCUGUACACUCCAAAAUUUGUCUCAAGAUUUCGUUCAGUUUCAGUGUUAGCGGACUCGUUUCAAGAUGAAGGGGUUUGAUGACGUCAUGUCCAAUGUGGGAAGUCACGGACCGUACCAGCGCCGAGUAUUACUGGGUAUCAUCUGUCCUACCAGUAUCCUCGGCGCUAUAACAAUGAAUAUUUUGCUGUUCCAAGUAACAGUGCCAGAUCAUUGGUGCCACGUACGAGGUCAGGAAAAUACCUCCUAUUCCCACGAAGCCUGGUUAAACCUUACCAUACCAAGAGAUAUAAAAACGGGCAAAUUGUCGGAGUGUCGUCAGUACAGAGUGGAGUGGACGACGGAACAAGGGAACCGGUCGUUAAUCGUCCACAACGACACACGUGCAUGCGAGUCCGGAUGGAACACGACACUUCGGAAUUCGACGACACAAUGGCCACCACGAACGAAUGGCUUUGCGAGAAAAAGAGUUACUCGGAUCACGUCUACUCGAUCAACAUGGCAGGGAACAGCAUCGGCAGUAUUAUCCUGCCUGUGCUAGCUGAUAGAUACAUAGGUCGUCGGUAUAUGUUCUACCUAGCGCUCCUCAUCCACAUAGUCUUCACGCUGCCGGCUGUAUGGGUUUCGAAUUAUGGCUUCCACCUCGCACUCAGGUUCUUGGCCGGUCUAGCGUUCGAGACUAACUACAUGAUGCCUUAUGUUAUAGGCUUGGAGUUCCUUUCCCCGGACAAGCGAACGGCGGCGACCCUCGUGUCCUUUGCCUCGUGGACCUUCGGCAUGUGUCUGACGUCCCUCGUGUCGUGGCUCCUUCCCAACUGGCAGUACUUGGCACUCGUGUCCUGCGUGCCGUCCAUCCUCUGCUUCGCUUACUGGCGGUACCUCCCUGAGUCGCCCCGCUGGCUGCUGGCCCAAGGAAGAAUAAACGAGUGUGCUUCGAUCCUGCUCAAUGUGGCCCGCAUCAACGGCAAAAAAGACCUGUCCCGGGUGCAGCUGGAAUCGGACUUGCACAUCUUAUGGAAUCUGCAGGAACGGGAAGUGUCUCUCAAGGAAGCUACACGGUACUCCAAGCUUCGUCUCAGAGCCCUUAUAUUAUUCUUCAUGGGAGCGUGCAGCUACCUCUGCUACGGGAUGGUGUUCCUGGGCAUCAGCGUCCUCUCCAGCAACUACUUCCUCAGCCACUUCGUCGUCUCGAUCUCCGAACUCCCCAGCAACGCCCUCGGGUGGUUGUGGACUCAGUUCCUGGGGCGUCGCUUCACCUGCAUCACCACCUACCUUAUCACGGCUGCAUUGGUGGCAGCGGCGCCCUUCUUGUCGUCAUGAUAAAUGGUUGAUGUUGGCCAUAGUAGCUGUCAUCCGGCUCUUCUGCGCCCAGCUCAUCUACGUGGCGUACGUACAGUGCACGAAAUAUUUUCCCACGCCCGUUCGGUCGACGGGCUGGCCUGGUUGAUCGUCUGUGGGCUGGCCACCAUGAUCUCCACGCCCUUCCUUCUGCACUCCGGCAUCGGCGAGGACUUCCCCUGGUGGCUGCUGCUGGCGCUGAUGCUCCUGUGCGCCUUCCUGGGGACGUACCUGCCAGAGACCAUCGGCCUGCCCCUGCCCCAGUCUUUCCAGGACGCGGAGGACCUCGGCAACGGACGGCCUCUGAAGGUCUGGAUCCACCACUGGAACCACCACCGCUUCGUCCCCAUUUCGUCCCAGGAGGAUAGGUACCAGGAGCUCAGGAGACUCUCCAUCACCAACCCCGACGGACUCAGGAGGAUGUCGUUCAGUGACAGGAAGAUGUCGCGUUGAGAUGGCCGUGGGGGUCGUUGCUGUCGUUCCCUGGCGUUCAGAACUCGCAAAGGGAUUGUUAUCGAAGAACAGAAGGAUUCGGAAGAACGUGUAGGAAUGAACGGAUGAACGGGAUGGGAAUUUAAAAGAUUGUUAUGUUGGGUAAUUUUUCGCAAGAAAAUGUUUCGAAGAACAGAAUGAUUCAGCAGAGAGUUCUGGGACGAACAGAAGAAUAUGUGUUGAGAACGGAGAACGGAUAUCGGUCACGUUCAGAGUUAACAAGCCAG